UUUCAUUUUGUGCCCUCCUUUUGGGCUGUUGUUUCGUGUGUUGACCAAUAAAUUUUUCGUACGCAGCAUAUUAUUUUUUUUUUGUUAGCUGAACACUUCUCAAUUGUGAAACAAGCGAAGAAGAGCAACAACAACAGCAACAACAUCAAAAUACGUGAACAUCAAACAGUUGUGUAAACAAUUACAAAGCGGCAAGCAACAAUAAGGGUCAAUCACUACAACAACAGCAGAGUCAACAACGACGAAGACGACAGCAGCAGCAACAACAACUAGAAAGCAUACUUCGAUCCAUCCAUCAAAUACAAUAUAUUAUAUAUAUAAUAUAUUAAACAUACACACACAACUGUGGAAAGAAGUUCAAGUUGCAGCGACAACAACAACAAUUAAAAAUGGCCGCUGCCUCCGCCGCCGUUGUAAAUGCAGUCAACGAUUGCUUCAGCAUCGGAUCCACAGUGCUAUGCACGACCUGUUUUAAGGACGAAGUCGAAGGCGAGGUGCUCGCCUUCGAUCACAACACAAAAAUGCUAAUAUUGAAAUGCCACUCGAAGACGGCCGAAGAGCUUAGUGAUGUUUAUGUGAUGAAUUUAUCGCUGUGCAGCAACGUGCAAGUGAUUAAGGAAUGCAAUGGCAAUUUCAUUGAUGAUCCGCAAAAGCUCAAUCUGGAACAGGUUAAAAUGCGGCUACGCAAAACAGUUGAGAGGCGACAGGAUUUUCUCAAGUCCAAAAAUGCCGAUGUUAGUCCAGAAGCACAAGAGCUCUAUAGAGCGAUAGCCAAACAGCUUGGGUACAAUGAAGUCUCCUGGCAGGGACAGAAUAUACAAAUCUUAAAUGAAGUCACCGUCUCGCCACCAUAUCGAGUGGACAACGUUGUGUCCAGUUCGGAUAACGAUACUUCGUGCAACUACAUUAAGCGAAUUAUCAAACAGUUCUUCAACACGAGACCGUCGCCGUCGGCACAGGAAAAUUCGCAUGCUGCAGGCGGCGGCGCAUCAUCGGCGUCUGUGUCGCCCACGUCCUCAUCUCUAUCAUCGAGUAAUGCAGCUUCAGGAUCACCGGUUCCCGCUAACUAAGAAUAAACAAAAACAAAAAAAAAAAAAAAAAAAUAUUUGCUUCAGAAAAUGAAA